GCAUGUAUCGGCGCCACUGGCAGCGAUUACCGAAAGGGACCUAGUACCUACCAAACUUCCCGUGGUAGGUAGUCGUUGACAUGAGAAAUUGAGAGCGAGUUAAGUUGUACCGUUCCUCUUUAUUUGUUUCUGCAUCAUUCGUUUGUGGAGAGAGAGAGAGAGAGAGAGAGAGAGAGAGAGAGAGAGAGAUGGUGCAGGCGAAGGUGAAGGAGACAUACUACAUAUCACAUGGGUCACCCACGCUUUCCAUCGAUGAUUCGUUGCCGGCCAGGGGUUUCUUGAAAUCGUUCAGGGACACCGUUUACGGCGGCGCACAGAGACCACCACCCACCUCAAUCCUCGUCAUCUCCGGCCACUGGGAGACCGAUUACCCCACCGUCAACGCCGUCUCCGGCACCUGCGACACCAUCUAUGAUUUCUACGGCUUCCCUCAAGAGAUGUAUAAGCUCAAGUAUCCGGCACCGGGAGCUCCACAAUUAGCGACAAGGGUGAAAGAAUUACUAACGGCAUCUGGGUUCCAACGGGUGAGUGUGGAUAAAAAGCGUGGGCUAGACCAUGGAGCUUGGGUGCCACUCAUGCUCAUGUUCCCAGAGGCUGAUAUACCAGUGUGCCAGCUCUCAAUCCAGACCAAUAGGGAUGGAACUUAUCAUUAUAAUCUGGGGAAAGCAUUGGCUCCUCUCAAGGAGGAAGGUGUCCUUAUUAUUGGGUCCGGUUCUGCCACUCACAACCUGAGGGCCCUACGACAGUCCAGAGACAGCUCCAGCUCCUUUGCUUCUUGGGCUUUGGAGUUCGAUACGUGGCUCAAAGACUCCCUUCUCGAUGGAAGGUAUGAAGAUAUCAAUCACUACGAAGAGAGAGCACCGCAUGCAAAAACGGCACACCCGUGGCCAGACCACUUCUAUCCAUUGCAUGUAGCCAUUGGCGCUGCGGGUGAAAAUGCAAAAGCUGAACUGAUCCACCAUAGCUGGCAGUGUGGCAUGCUUUCCUAUGCCUCCUACAAGUUCACAACAGCUGAACGAAUCUAAAUGCACUGCGACAGAAAUGCAUAAGCAUAUAUUUGGCAAUUGUAAUUUUCUUUGGUUUGUGCCCUGUUCGAACCAUAAAUAAGAGCAUACUUGCCUAUAUAAGCAUGCUUGUGUACUGAAUUUUCAUUUGAUGACCUGCUAAUGUGUGUGCACGAUUGUGUGUUCACAUUAUGAAUGUGUAGGACAGAAAAAGAAAUCGGGUCACGAGGAUUUUCUA